UUUUGUUCAGUAUAUAUAGCAAAAGAAAUAGGGUGUAAUGAGUGUCUUUGAUAUAAACGUAUAGGAUACAUAGGCUAAUCAGUACUUGUUACCGAAUUAAAUGAACAGUUAAUACCUACUCUUACUGCAAGUAAAAAUGAAUGCAGAAUGCUUGUCCCAGGGCAAUUCAAAAUAUAGGAGGACCAUCACGAUAGUAAGGAAUCAUACACUUUGAAGGGUUUGGUCAUCAUAAGAUUUGUGCUUUAAUAUAUAUAUUGUGGCAACGCGCAAAUAUCUAUCACUCUAUUUCACAGGGCUAUUUAAUUAAUGUCAACAUAUUACGUAGCCUGCAGUAAAAAGAGAUUAGGAAUCCCCACAGCGGGAUUUCCCCAGCUACUAAACUCAAAUCGCGCGAGAAGUGAGAAUCGGGACGGGAGCGCGCUUCGUCUUUGACGGAGCGAGAAUUAUGUUCAGUUUAGGUCCUCUUCAACACAAGAAACAGAUUGGAAUCUGCAUAGAGGGAAAUCUACUGUAGCUCGCUGACUGAACGUGUUGUUUUAGGAGUCUGCUGUCCUCAAAGAGACUCAUAUAUAGUGCACGGGAUAACGUUUGCACCGUUGCACUGCCCGGAAUGCGCGAGAUCCAAUUUAUGUAUUGGUUGGGUCAACAAUAGUUCUCGUUGUAUUGAGUUUUUAGUUUUCAGAGAGGCUCUACUGCCACGCGAAGGAGGAAACCGAAGUUACCACUGGCUUGUUUGUCUCGUAGUCUCUGAAUUCUGCAGGAAUGUCUCACAAGGAGAGACCCACUUUCUACAGACAGGAGCUGAACAAAACGAUAUGGGAGGUCCCGGAGCGGUAUCAAUCCCUGUCCCCGGUCGGCUCUGGAGCCUAUGGAUCAGUCUGUCAUUGGCAGCAGAGAACUGGAAGGAAAGGCGGACAAACAAGGAGUUGGCUUUGGGGACAACCAGUGAGAUAUACCUGCUGGAGCGCGUGCUAUGGCUCGUCGUAUGACGUGAAGUCUGGGCAGAAGAUGGCGGUGAAGAAGCUGUCCAGGCCGUUCCAGUCAAUUAUCCACGCUAAGAGGACCUACAGAGAACUAAGGCUCCUGAAACACAUGAAACACGAGAAUGUGAUUGGUCUGUUGGAUGUGUUCACGCCUGCCACCAGCCUAGAGGAAUUCAACGACGUGUACCUGGUGACCCACCUGAUGGGGGCGGACCUCAACAACAUAGUGAAGUGUCAGAAGCUGACAGACGACCAUGUGCAAUUCCUCAUAUACCAGAUCCUCAGGGGACUCAAGUAUAUCCAUUCAGCAGACAUCAUCCACAGAGAUUUGAAGCCCAGUAAUCUGGCAGUGAAUGAGGACUGUGAGCUCAAGAUCCUGGACUUUGGUUUGGCGCGACACACUGAUGAUGAGAUGACUGGUUAUGUAGCGACCAGGUGGUACCGCGCCCCAGAGAUCAUGCUGAACUGGAUGCAUUACAACAUGACAGUGGACAUCUGGUCAGUCGGCUGCAUCAUGGCAGAGCUGCUCACUGGGCGGACGUUAUUCCCCGGCACCGACCAUAUAAACCAGCUGCAGCAGAUCAUGAGGCUGACAGGAACGCCCCCGGCCUGUCUCAUUAGCCAGAUGCCCAGCCACGAGGCCAGAAACUACAUCAACUCCCUUCCCCAGAUGCUCAAGAGGAACUUUGCUGAUGUGUUUGUUGGCGCUAACCCACAAGCGGUGGAUCUGUUAGAGAAGAUGCUGGUUCUGGACACUGAUAAGCGAAUCACAGCGUCCGAGGCCCUGGCCCACCCCUACUUCUCCCAGUACCACGACCCUGACGAUGAGCCAGAGUCCGAGCCAUACGACCAGAGCUUCGAGAGCAGAGAGCUGGAGAUAGAGGAGUGGAAAAGGUUGACAUAUGAGGAGGUUUGCAGUUUCGAGCCCCUGCCAUUCGAUGGAGACGAGAUGGAGUCCUGAGGGGACGAGGGUGAAGUCAUUGCUAAUCCCGCCUCCUUCUCUUACUGAACUGUGAGGAAGAAGUUGCAUGUAGACAUUGAUCUAGGGACAGUUUUGUGUUUCAUCCCCUAAUGGUUUAGAUUAGGAUCUGGGGGUAAGCUGAUCCUAGAUCUGUACUUAGAUACAACUUACAUCCGGAGCACGCAACCUUGUGUGAGGACUAUCAACUCACCAGACUAGUUCAAACAAACAAACAGGAAGCCACGACAUUCAAGUGCCUGCCGUCAUUCAUUUCUGGGGUUAGAGGUCAAGGGUCAAAGGUGACUCCCCUCUACACCCUCCUCCUGCUUUCUGUAUUAUAUCGUCUUUGAUUGGGUCCCUGGGAAGAAUUGGGGAAAUUACUUUGUAAUAUAUUAUCUAGUGUUUGUGUGUUUUAGAGUUUAUUAAGUCACAUUAUUUGCCAAAAACUACCUAAAUUCUUGGAAAAGGUGCUCAGAUUUUUAACGUUCAAUAUCGCAAAAACAAUCACAUGGUUUAACCAACAAACCACUGCAUUUAUGGAGCUGUUAUUUAUGGUCUGUAGUUUAUAGCCUUUUGGAUAGAAGCCUGUAGGAAAUACAACAGUGGUCAUGACCUGCUCGUCUACGACAAACCUUGUCUCCGUUGUCAAACUGUACGCUGUUGUUAUGCCCGGCAGGGUUUUAGAUGUGUAAAUAAGGCUGCCCUCUUGUAAAUAAAUGAUACUGUGCACCAAUAGUAAUACUGCCUAGAAGUCCCUAUUAUCAUAGAACACAUAGAACCCUCAAGGCUUAGAAUGUUGCCCCUUUGCAUUCCUUUAGGAGAGACUGGCAGGUUCCAUACUCAGAGGGAUCGUUAUUAAAUAGUAUUCCAUUAGAAUGUACACCAGUUUUAACUUUUAAUCAUAGUGAAGUUUUGACAUCCAUCUUUUCAAGUCAAUCACCCAGAAAGAGGGAGGGGGGAGGGGCUUGGUAGUUUAUUCGCUCAUCCUGCCUCUUAACUUAUCGAUUUUUCUACCUGUCUCGGUCUGUUUCUUUCUUCACUCCGUUGUUGUAUCAUUGCCUCCUUGAGCACUGUCCUGUCCUCUGUGUAGUCUGAUUAAAAAUGAGUGGAGAGGUAAUGUGACUGUCACAAAAUGUUAUUUAAUAGAAUGUAUUUAAAGUCCUCCAUCCCCGUAUCACAAGACUGAUGCUGAAAUCAGAAUGGGGUUUUUCCCAAGUAUCCAUAGUGUCUGCUUGCUCUGUGGAGUGCUUUGAGGUUCAGAGUUGGAGCUUCCAUUUAGAUAGCUAUAGGCAUAGAGAUCCAAUUAAUAACAUAACAUUCUAGGAAUCUAUAGUCUUCAGAAAUCACUGGAUUCUCACUCCUGGUUGUUGACAAUGUGAUUUCAAUCAUUUUCAAAUGUAUUCUUAAAUAACUGAAUGUCCCUAGAUGUAUCUUGUUAUUCUGUUUUAUUAAAUGUGUGGGAUGCUAGCACCCCCUACUGUAUUUAACCCCUUUUAUCUUUUCAUUUGUCUCUUGAGUGCAUGCCAAAAUAGCACAUUUAUUCCUUAUAUAGUGCACUAUUUUGGACCAGAUCUCAUAGGGCCCUGUUGAAAAGUAGUGCACUAAACAGGGAAUAUGCUGCCAUAUAGGAUGCACUGUGAUUAUUCCCAUGGAGCGAUCAACAUAUUUAUCUCUUCUAAUUUAUACAGUACAGCGCUCAAACCAGACAAUAUUCAGAAUCUCUUCUAAUUUAUACAGUACAGCGCUCAAACCAGACAAUAUUCAGAAUCUCUUCUAAUUUAUACAGUACAGCGCUCAAACCAGACAAUAUUCAGAAUCUCUUCUAAUUUAUACAGUACAGCGCUCAAACCAGACAAUAUUCAGAAUCUCUUCUAAUUUAUACAGUACAGCGCUCAAACCAGACAAUAUUCAGAAUCUCUUCUAAUUUAUACAGUACAGCGCUCAAACCAGACAAUAUUCAGAAUCUCUUCCUGAAUCUUAACACAGUAACUACUUUUUAUUUCAUAUAGUUUUAUGACUGCUCAUGGUGGGGAUUUUUCUGGCUCUGAAGCAGUAGACUACCUCUCAAAAUCAGUGUUGGUGUCAAAGUCAUUCCAUUUAUUUCAAAUGGGACUUGAACCUGUCGCUAGCUCUUCCCACAGCUGUCUCUCUGUGUUCAUUAGGCAUAAAACAGGAGAAAACGUUUUUGAAACAAAUGGGCUUUCUAAUUGCAUGUUUCAAAAUGAGUUUUUUUACCAUUUGCUGCAUUCUGAACAUAGACUUGUGACAUACAGGGCUGUGGUCUUUCUGUGUAAAUCAGUGAGUGUCCACUCGAGGGCUGUAUCAUAGCAGGAUCACUAACAGAUAGGCCUACAGCUGGGGCGUAUUCAUUACGCCGGUUCGGUUUAAAAAAUAAAAAUAAAAAACUUUAACGGAAGCAAAGGAAACGGGGCGGGACCUACCUGAAUUUGUCUAAUAGAAAUUCUUGUUUUCGUUGCAAAACGCAACUGUUUGGAUUAAUGAUUAGACCGCAGCUCUUGAUUGUCUGGCUCGAUUAAAAAGCUAAGAGUUGUUGGGACUGUCAAGUCAGUUAUAGCACGCCCAUUUCUAGUCUUAAUGUUGGAAAGGUAUUUCUGAUUGUGUAGGAACGUUUGUUGCCUGACCCAUUGAUCCUGCUUUCUGAUACAGCCUUGUGUUUUCAUGUUUACAGCAGCAGGAUGCUGGAGGGUAACACAGAGGGGUAACACAGAAACCUCAAACAUUGUAUUGACACAGUAACAUAGUUAGGUUACUGUCCUCCAGCCAGCUCUCUGUCUCUCUCUCUGUCUCUCUCUCUGUCUCUCUCUCUCUCUGUCUCUGUCUCUGUCUCUCUCUCUCUCUCUGUCUCUCGGUCUCUCUCUCUGUCUCUGUCGCAGCAAUUAUCCUGCAGGAUGAAGAUAAAAUGACUAUUUAUAAUCUGGCUGAUCAUGCAAUGAGUAUUGAUUACCUUAUUUUGCUAUUGUUAUGGUUGUUUAUUUGAUGUAUAUGUUUUUAACAGACAGACCAUGUUUACUUUGUACUUUAAUGAUUCCCCACAUGCAGAACCAUGAGAGCAGGUAAUGUCACCUGUUAAUACCACUGUCAGAAAAUAAAGGCUAUUAUUUUUCAGAACUG